AUGUAUGAGACUUUAAGGAAAAAGAAAAAAAAAGGAACAGUCUUUUCUCUUUCGGCCUUUGGGCUACAAAUAUUUACUUUUCUUUUUUUUUUUAUUAAACUCAUUUUUGUUCAUCAGUCUCCCUCUCCCUGUAAGAAAACUCAAAUACAGAUCUCCGACGAUGAACUGAGGCGCGGUGGUCGGCGAUCUCAACUCCGCCGCUUUUUCUUCCGAUUACAGUUAGACAUAUCUUAUGAUAAGUUCUUUCGGACUAUUGAUCUGUCAGAUCCCAAGCAUGAAUCAAUUGUGAAGGAAUUUUACUCAAGGGUUCUUGCCAAUGGUGAUAUCUGUAUAUAUAUGAAGGAAUUUAUUGUGUCUGCUGUGAGGAGUAUCAGGAUGAGAAAGAAUUGCUUGAUAACAACUGUUGUGUGGAAAGAGGAUAAUUACUACUUUGCACUAUCAAAAAAUAAAAAAUUCUUAGAGGAAACUUUGACACAAAAUCCAAAUUUUUUUCAGCCUUCUUUCCGGUUAAAUGAGGUGAGAUAGUAGGUAAUUAUGAAAAAACUUAGUCUAGCAUGUCCUAAAUAGUUGUCCCUGAGCUUUAAUGUUAAAAGAUUUUCUUGGGGGCUGCGUUCAGCAUGAUUAGUAUCCUGCUAAGAGCCUGAGCAUGCUGAUUGAGAAUGCUGUAAGCAUAAUAAUUAGCAUAUUGUGUAUAUACUGUUGUAGUAAAUUUGUAUUAGCUAUUGCUAUAGUUAUAGACACAUGACAGAAUGCAUUUGAUAGUACUUUCCAUUCAA